AUGAGACCAUUGCAAAGAACAAUUGCAGUAUUAGGAGAUACUGCCGUGGGAAAGUCUUCAUUGACAAUCCAAUUCGUAGAAAAUCAUUUUGUUGACUCUUAUUAUCCAACAAUUGAGAAUACUUUCAACAAAGUCAUAAGAUAUCAUGGACAGGAAAUAGCAGCAGAAAUUAUUGAUACUGCUGGUCAAGAAGAACAUUCACUUUUCAAUCCAACUUAUGGAGUAGGAACUGAUGGUUAUAUUUUAGUGUAUUCGAUAACUUCUAAAAAAAGUUUCGAAAAAUUGACACCAGAAGAAGGCAAAGAAUUAUCUAUUCAAUGGAAUUGUGCAUGGACAGAAGCAUCCGCUAAGCACAAUGAGAAUAUAACUCGUAUUUUUGAAUUAAUGAUAGGGGAAAUAGAAAAAUUAAAUUAUCCAAAUGGUGAAGAACAUAGUUCAUUUAUUGCAUUAGAGUAUCGAGAUGGUGUUAUGAUGGCAGCUGAUAAUUUGGCUUCUUAUGGCAACCUUGCACGUUUCAAGGAUGUUGAGCGAAUUUGUCCAAUUGGUGACUACACAAUGAUUGGCGCAUCAGGGGAUAUUUCAGAUUUUCAAUAUGUUCAACAUUUAUUAAAUACAGUAAUGAUAGAAGAAUAUUAUACAAAUGAUAGCCACACUCUUUCUGCACCUCAUAUUUAUGAAUUCUUAAGUAAAGUAAUGUACAAUAGAAGAUCACAAUUCAAUCCACUUUGGAAUUCAUUUAUAGUGGGAGGAUAUCACAAAGGAGAAAAAUUUCUUGGACAUACUGAUUUACUUGGAACAACAUUUAAAGCAACAACAAUCUCAACGGGUUUUGGAGCUCAUUUGGUACAACCUAUCCUUCGUAAUGCUGUUGAAGGUCGUGAAGAUACACUUACAGAAGAGGAGGCAAUUACAGCUAUAGACAAUUGUAUGAAAGUAUUAUAUUAUAGGGAUACUCGUAGUUUAAAUAAAUUUCAACGUGCAAAAAUAACAGAACAAGGUUUUGAAAUAACUCAACCUUAUUCUGUUGCGACGGAUUGGAAAUAUGCAGAAGGAAUUAGAGGUUACGGCGCACAAGUCGACUAG